AUGAGUGAAACACCUUCAACUAGUUACUCGGUGAAUCAGCCAAACUCCUCUGAGAGUGAACAGAGUUCAUCCGCGCGCCAUUUCAAUGUUACUGAACCUGUUGUGGCAAAACGGAUCUGUUUCUAUAAAAGCGGAGAUCCUCAGUUUAAUGGGAUCAAAAUGGUCGUUAAUAACCGGUCUUACAAAACAUUUGAUGCCCUGCUGGAUAGUUUAUCCAAACGGGUCCCAUUACCUUUUGGGGUAAGGAAUAUUAGUACACCAAAAGGGAGACACAGCAUCACCAAUUUGGAGGAUCUUGAAGACGGCAAAUCUUAUAUUUGCUCCCAUCAGAGGAAAAUGAAGCCCAUCAACCUGGAACAGGCUAGCAAAAAGCCGCUGCCCUGGCAGAUCAGUAGGCCUGUCAGCGCUCGUCGUCGAGCUGUGCAAUUAGCAAGGGAGAAUGAAGAUGGAUUUGGCCAUCAGGAAAGCAAAAUAACAACUCCCAAAAAGAUGCUUGUUUUCAGAAAUGGGGAUGUAAGACUCAGGCGCACCAUAGUUCUGGGAAAGAAAAAUACACAAACCUUUGAGGCCUUUCUGGAUUAUAUGAGUGAGUUAAUGCGAUAUCCAGUUGUGAAACUAUAUACCACUGACGGCAGAAAGGUUCCUAAUCUUCAGGCCCUGAUAUUGUGCUCUGGAGCUGUAGUCGCAGCGGGGAGAGAGCCUUUUAAACCAAGCAAUUAUGAUUCUCUUGGGUAUUCACGGCCUGCUAAAUUGCUUGGAAUUGCAAAUCGCGUGUACCCAAAAGCAAAUGCCAAGUCAGAAAGUGAAAAUACGAGAGCUGAAAUUAGCUCUAGCUCAAGAUCUCAGAUAUUCUCAGUUUCUUCUGAUAAAGGGUCCAGCAAUGAUAACAACUCAAAUGAUAACAACUCAGAUUCUUCCUAUGUUCCUGACAGUCAUAAUUGUAUAGGAGGAAAUCAGUCAGUUACUGGUGAAGACUUAUCCGUGGCACAGUAUGAAGAUGACAUUGAGAAAUCUGUUCACCUUAAUCAAGAUGGCAGUAUCACAGUGGAAAUGAAAGUUCGAUUCAAAAUUAAAGAGGAAGAAACCAUUAAAUGGACAACCACUGUAAGUCGUGCUGACCUUUCCGAUGACAAAUACCACAACAUUUGCAAUUCUGGAAUACGUGCGGAAGACUGCUUAUCCAAUGUAAAUGUGUCAGAACAUAUAAAACCAAAAGAUACUCCAUUUUUGAAGAGCUACAAGAAAGAAGAGGGAGACUCAUUACAGCAAUUCAAUGCAGAAGUGUCAGAUAAAGAAUCAGAGUGUGAUUUAAAAACUGUUGGUUGUAGUAUCUGUAAGAAGAACAAUUCUGCAGAUCUAGAUGUAAGCAAUGUACCUGAGGAUAAUAUCAGGCCUCGCUUUUAUAGGCCUCCCACCCCUGGGCCAAGGCGUGUUAGACAAAAGAAAGCAGUAGUUGAAAGUGUCACCUUGAUAUCUGAGAAAGAGGUUCAGGAGAAGACAAUAGGACAGUUUUCCUACAGUGAGGAAAUACAGAACGGAGAAAAUAAAUCUGAGUAUUGCAUGGUAGCUCAUUCAAGCAGAAAAAAAUCAAGUGUCAGUAAUCCAAAGUUUAGUGACAUGAGUGAUAAUGAUUUAUUAAAUCUUCCUUCAGAGAAUAUAAAAGAAGAAAUGCUUUUUAAAGUAAGCCACAAGAGUAAUGAUUUAAUAGAAACCACAAAUAGGAAUACAUUAGAAAUGCCUGACAAGGAUGAAUUGGUAGAGAAUAUAUUAGAGAAAUCAGUUGUUGAACAAGGUACAUAUAAUAGUUUAGUAUCAACCUGCAAAGCUAACAUCAGUGGUUUCAUACCAUCAUCAAAAAUUUACCAGGCAGCUCGGCCAGGUUCAGCAGACCACAUCCAUGAGUCACGUGAUAUUAAACAAAUAAAAAGAUCACUGAGUUCUUUCAUUAGAUAUUCAGAAUUAUGUCAGUCAAAAGAAGAACCAAAAUGCAAAGCUGUUGAUUUAUUACCUAUUUCUCAAGAUUCAGUGCAUUCAGCCUGUCCCAGACAUAGCCAGAUGAAGACGAUGGUACCUCCAUGUAGUAAAGCUCCUACUGAGAAAAUGAAUCCAACAACUGAAUUCUUUCCUGCUGCUACUGAAAGUGAGAAUCAAAUCAGUGUCAGGACUGAAUCUGUGAUGGCAACACAUCUCCUCGAUGACAGACAAUCUGCAUCUUCCCUCACUAAAAAGAAGAAGAAGAGAAAAUCGUCUAACUCUCUAGAGCAAGGUACAUAUGAAAAUCAAAAAGAUAAAGAAAUUCCAGGUAUAAUUAAAAGUGAGGGAAUGCAUAUCACAAGCAAAACCACACAGGAUUCCACAACAGAUGCUAUGGAUAAUUAUUCUGAAAUGCCUCAGAAAAAAGGAACGGAAUUUUUUGCAAAAAACAAUGAUGAGUCUGUCGAUUCAGACAAAAGUAUAUGUCCUGAAGAUGAGUUCUAUCACCAGGAUUCAGUGGAACAAAAUGGAUUAUCAUCUAAUAAAGAACCAAGAAGUAAUAACAACAAGUUGGCCAAUGUAAAAUUGAAGUCAGGCAAAAAAAAUAGUAUCGUUUCAUCUGCAAAGAGUGAAGAUAGUCUAAUGACAGUUGAUUCAAACACUGAAUCUGAACACAGUCAGGAUAGGCUGAGUACUGACAAAGAAGGCACACAUCUCACAACCAAUUCUUUCGAACAGACACUGAACUCAUCAGUGAUUUCAAAGUCAUUGUCAGAAGUGCCAAAGAAUCUUAACUUUGAAAAAGAAAAGGAAAAGAAUAUUUUGGAAAAUUUGUCAUCAAAGAAAGAGAAAAAGCAAAAGGGGAUGAAGAAAAAUCUAAGUAAAGGUGCAAAUAAGUUAGAUUCGUCAGAGAGAGAAAUGACACUUGAGGGUCUAAAACAGGAGGAUUUUCAGGAGGAGGUUUUUGAGCAUUCUCUCGAUAACUAUGUUCAAACUUGGCUGAAAAGCUUCCUACCAAAUUCUGUCUUACCUCCUAUAAAUAAAAAAGAAGGGAAUGUAGAUGAUAACAGUGUCUCUCAUUUUUCUAAAGAAAAUACUGGUGCUUCUAUAGAUAAAGAAACAAGACUUAUCACAAAUAAAGUACAUGUGACUGGAAAAAACCAUCUGGCUGAAUAUAAUCUAACCAAAAAACCAUUAGAGCCUAUUUGUAAAUUGGGAACUUUAGAAGAAUCAGCCAAGGAUUUAGGUGAAAAACAAACUGACUCUUUGAUUCAUGCUAAUAAAAUUAUAGUAGAGGAAGCCAGGUAUUCACUAAAGUCAGAAUUUCAUCAUGAUGGCAAGCUACACUUGCUUCAUGAAACACAUGACAAUGAUAAAAAGACGUCAGAAGUUGAUAAUCAAGAUACCAAUCUAUGUCAAAGAAAAAAAUCUGAAGUUGCUGUUCAAGUUGAUUGCGCAACUGUCAAUGAGAAAAUGGGAACUGGUGUUCAGAAUAAUUGCAUGUCUAGCAUGUUGCUGCAUGAACUACAAUCAACUUUGCUUGGUCUCCAGAAAGAACAUAGUGGAUGUAUAGGAAAAGCUUGCAGCCUUUCAGAUCUUUCUCCUUCAGCUUUUGGUUCUUCCUCCAAUGUCCUCCUAGCUUGGCUACUUGUACUGAAUCUGAGAGAGAGUUUGAUUGGGACAAUCAAAGAUGAUACGCAAAAAACUACCUGUAGCUGUUCUGAAAUAUUUACACAGUUACAAUUUCUGAAACAAACUACAGUUAUAGAAAAAGUUGAUGAACUGAAGGCUGCCUUCUCACAUUUUCAACAAUCAAGAGAAAAUAACUUAUUACACUUUGAAAGGGAACUCAAAAGGCAGGACUCCACACAUUGCCAUGAGAAUAUGCCUAUAUCUAACAUUCAUAAUGGUAUACAUUUGCAUGAAAAUGAAAAAUCAGUUGAGCCUUGUAUUCCAAAGGACAGUGUAAAUUCUGAAGAGGCUCUAAAACUGACUGGUGAAUUAGAAAGCUGUUUUGAUAUACAGAAAGAUCUUUGUAGAGAAAUUGAGACUUUAGACUUGAGUGCUCCCAAAACACAGCUAGAUGGUCAAUAUGCCAAUACUAAUUCAAAUACCUGUAGCCUUGCAUCAGCUAUAGAGCCACCUGAAAGGAGUGAAGAAAUGCCUGAUAGCCUGUAUAAAAAAUCUCAACAUAAAAACACUGAUACAUCGUUCACUAAUGAAGAGUCAGAAACUUCAGUAGAACCUAACUCGACAGUCCAUAGCGUAACUUCUAAUGAUAAAAAUCAUAUUUUAGAUCAGGAUACUUCUGAGUUAGAAGGUGAAAAAGAUAUUGUACGUGUUACUACUGGUAAAAGUGAAGAUGAGAAAGUUCGUCCAAAGUCAGCAGGUAAUGACAAAAAACCAAAUAACCAACUUAAACUAGCUGCUGAAACUUCUGUAGAGUAUAAUAAUGAGGAUUAUUCUGUACAGGAAGACAGAGAAGAUGCAGAAACUUGUGAGGAAACCUCUGAGAGGUUAUCUACAAUCUCUCCAUUAUCAUUUUGUUAUGAAUCAAAGCAAAUUACAGAAUGUGAUAUGAGCGAAGGAGAACAGAAAUUGCAAGUAGAAGAACUGGAGAAUAAAACGUGUUCAGACAUUUCUCAAUUAAAAAAAUGCUUAAAAAGUCCUGCUACUUCAGACUGGUCAGAUUACAGACCAGAUACUGAAGACAGUGAUUAUAACUUUAGAGCAUCCAGUGAUUUAACCAAUGAAAGCGGGGAGGAAGCACUACUUGAAAAACAUUAUAAUACUGGUUAUGUAAAAAGAACUAUUGAACAACUUUAUGGCAAGGCGGAAGCUUCAUUUAAGCCUGACUUUCACAAAGGAUUUCCUUAUAUGUCGAAAGUAUUUCAAAAGGAUACCGAAGAAUUCCACUCUGCAGUGGUGGAAAAAAACAUUUAUUUUUCUCAAGAACCUAGGUCUUGUUCUGCAGAGAAAUUGUCACAUUCUUCACUACCAUCACAAGAAUUUCCAGUAAUCACAAACAAAGGCAAUGCUAUAUUAAGAAGAGAAAAUACUUUUUUACCAACACCUUCUCUUAACAGAGAAGAGACAAGUUAUACUAAUGACCGUUCAGGGGAAUCUCCAAAGCAACAUUGUCAACCUGAUGUACAAGCUAAUGAAGAUGAAGGAAUAUUGAUAGAUAAAGGCAAAUGGCUUCUCAAAGAAAAUCAUUUGAUAAGAAGAUCACCACCUGAACGGAUUGGAAUGUAUGGCAAUUUGGAUACAACAUCAACAGACACAGUCCUUGAUACUAAUAGUGAUGACGUUCCAUACUCGCACUUUGGCAAUCUGAAUCAGUACCCAGUCCUCAAUGAAAUCUCCUCUUCAGAACUUGAAGACAUGGCUAAACCCUCUGAAAAUUUUUGCAACUACUUCAAUAUACCUCAUAAUAGUGAUUCAGACCCUUUUCAGGAUGACUUAAGUAUAAAAAGCAAACCUAGCCGCAAUGGUAAGAUCACUUCCCUUCCUGCAGCAAACAAGGAAAAGGCCAAACCAUCAGUCAUGGUAGUUUCUACUCCCACACAUCUUUCCACAAAGGCUGAUACCAAUUUUCCAGCUUUUACAUCUGCAGAAUUUAGAUUGCCUGAUAACAAGGUGCAUCCAUUGGAACAGCCUUUAAAUGAUGAACCCAUACAGUCUCAGCCAACUGAUGUUAGCAGUGCUAACAGAAGUGCUCUUCAGGAAGAAGAUUCUCUGGAUAAACUCCAUGCUAUAUGUGGCCAACAUUGUCCAAUACUGAUGGUGACAGUAACACCAAUUAAUGAGGAAUGGAGAGGAUAUGCCUACCAAAAGGCAUCUGAUAUUGAGAACCAGCUCAGUCCAUGUUUGUUGGCCAAAAAGAGUGGACAUUUACAAUGGUCAGGCAAAGAUUUAAUAACAGACAAAAAUAAUCAUGUGAAUUUGAAGAAUAACUGUAUCAAUAAGAUUGCCAAUAAUAUUUUUAAUCGGUUUUAUGCUAAUAACACCUUAGAUUUUAUUAGUAACUUUGGAAUACUUGCAUCUUCAACUCUGAAAGACAUAAGCGGUUUAGGGAAGUUACAUGUUAUAGAGGAUAUGAAUGUAAAACAUGUGGAAGUCAGCAAUUGUCAAAAUAAUGUAUGCAAAUACUUACCCAGUGAUCUUGUGAUAGGCACAAAUAGUUGGCGACCCAAUAGAAAGCCAAAAAUAUGCCAAAUCCUAAGAAUAAGCCUAAUUCAUAUUGUUGGAGAAAAAUUUUCUCCCAUGUUGGCAGAUCCAGCAGAAACCUGUCAUUCUGAAACAUUUCUGAAGUGUGACACUUCUUUAAAUAACAUUGAACACAAUGCUUCUGAAAAUCUGAAAAAUGAAAAUGCCUUUCCUACAGAAGAAGAAGAAGAAGACGUAUACUUUUGUACAAUGGACAAUGGAAACAGUAAAGAUGAGAAAGACUUGUAA